CCACAGCCUACCUCAGGCAGCUUAAGAAGCCAUUGCUCUCACUCAGAGAGAUGCUCUUCACCUCCUUGAGCAGGCCAACAUUGCGAAUUUUGUCAGAACGCUUCUACACAUCACCAGUUUUCUUGCGAGAUAUCGACGCAUUUCGCACGUCACCGCCGCAGAAUCGAUCUGUGAAGCAACUCAAGACCCACCAGUGCACUUCUCACCUUGGCAGAAUGGCGGGGGAUUCACAUGCAGAGACGUCGGAGCGCGGGCACGAAGCGCUCGAGGACCGGGUUCUCAACAAGGCAGAGCGGGAGAAGAGAGGAGGCGGCCGCGGUAGAGGAGCAGGCGGCCAGAGCCGUGAGGUACUGGUGUCCAAGGCGCUGUCUAAGCUGCUGCGGCAUCAGGCGGAUAGUGCGAAGAUCAAACUCGACGAGGAGGGAUAUGCCCCGUUGGGCCAAGUGCUCGCUUGGGGUCCGUUGAAGUCUCUCAACGUCACCUUAGCCGACGUCCAGUCCAUCGUCAGCUCCAACGACAAGCAGCGCUUCUCUCUUAAGCCCAACCCCAGCACCAACGCCGACCUCUCAACGGCCAGCACCGACGCUGCAGACUAUCUCAUCCGUGCUAACCAGGGCCACUCCAUCAAGCUGGAGUCGGCCGCCCUGCUAGCACCCAUCACCGCCGAGGAACGCAACAUUCCCUCGCGCGUCCUGCACGGAACGUACUUUUACUUCUGGCCCAAGAUCGUCGAGUCCGGCGGGCUGAAGGUCAUGGGGCGCAACCAUGUGCACUGCUCGACGGGGACGCCCGAGGACGGCGUCGUUAGUGGGAUGCGCAGGGACGCGGAGCUCAUCAUCGAGAUCGACGUCGAGGCGAGUCUGCAGGACGGCGUCAAGUGGUGGAAGAGCGACAACGAUGUGCUACUGACCGAGGGCGACGCCCAGGGCGUGCUGAGCUCGCGAUACUUCAAGAUGGUGAUGGGACGACAGUUGGACGUGGGCGUGCUGUGGCAGGACGGCGAGUGGGUGGCCGACUUACCGGCGGGCAUCAAGAUCAAUGUGCCCAUGGGCAAGGGACGGGGCGGCGGAAGAGGAGGCAGAGGAGGACGGGGAGGACGGGGAGGCCGACGUGGCUCAUAAUAAAGGAUAUAUCCCCGAUGACAAAAAAAG